CGAUCAUAUGAGCCCCUCAGAUGAGCUUACCUGAAAGAACAAAGGUGUCGCUAAAUAAAUCAGAUUGCAUCGAGGCAAUAUGGAGAACACAUUCAGAGCUGUGACUCGCAGCCCCGGGAUUAUAAUCUGGAGAAUUGAGAAAAUGGAGCUGGUUCAAGUUCCUGAGAAAUCCAAUGGCAACUUUUAUGAGGGCGACUGCUAUAUAGUUCUGUUUACGCAGAAGCUGAAAUCUGCUUUGAGCUAUAACAUCCACUACUGGAUUGGUUCAGAGUCCUCUCAGGAUGAACAAGGAGCAGCUGCUGUUUACACCGUUCAGCUCGAUGACUUCUUAGGCUCCUCUCCGAUCCAGUACAGAGAGGUUCAGAACUAUGAGUCCGAUAUUUUCAGGGGCUACUUCAAACAGGGAAUAAUAUAUAAGGCAGGUGGCGUUGCAACAGGCAUGAGGCACACUGAAACCAACUCCUACAACAUACAGAGGCUGCUUCACGUGAAGGGGAAUAAAAGAGUCGUCGCCAAAGAGGUGGAGAUGAGCUGGAACAGCUUCAACCUUGGUGACGUUUUCCUGUUAGACCUCGGAAAGACCAUCGUGCAGUGGAACGGGCCAAAGAGCAACAAACAGGAACGGCUUAAAGCCAUGUUGCUGUCCAAGGACAUCCGGGACCGUGAGCGAGGAGGCCGAGCAGAGAUCAGAGUGAUAGAGGGAAACGAUGAGAGCGGCUCUUCUCAGAACAUGGAGCUCAUGAACAGUGUUCUCGGUGCAAGAACCUCCAACCUGACAGAGGGGCAGCCGGAUGAAGUCGUCGACCAGGAAGUGAAGGCUAACCUCACGCUUUACUGUGUGUCCGAUGAAGGCGGUCAGAUGAAGGUUGCAGAGGUCGCAACACGACCUCUGGUUCAGGAUCUUCUCAACCAUGAUGACUGCUAUAUUCUGGACCAAGGUGGGCUGAAGAUUUUUGUUUGGAAGGGGAAGAAAGCAAACAAAGCUGAAAGACAGGCUGCCAUGUCCAGAGCUUUGGACUUCAUCAAAGCCAAAAACUACCCCAUGACCACCAACGUAGAGACAGUGAAUGAUGGGGCAGAGUCAGCUGUCUUCAGGCAGCUCUUCCAGAAGUGGACCRUAAAGGAUCAAACUCAAGGCCUAGGAAAAGCAAACACCAGAGGGAAAAUUGCUCACAUCACACAGGAGAAAUUUGAUGCCUCGCUGAUGCACACAAUGCCAGAGGUUGCUGCUCAGGAGAGGAUGGUGGACAACGGGACAGGUCAAGUGGAGGUGUGGAGGAUUGAGGAUCUGGAACUGGUCCCAGUGGACCCAGAGACCUAUGGAUACUUCUAUGGAGGAGACUGCUACCUGAUCCUUUAUACGUACCUGGUGAACAAUAAGAAAUGCUAUCUCCUCUACAUAUGGCAGGGGCGUCAUGCCACUCAGGAUGAACUGGCUGCUUCGGCGUUUCAGGCUGUGACCUUGGAUCAAAAGUACAACGAUGAGCCAGUUCAAGUGAGAGUAACRAUGGGGAAGGAACCAAGACACUUCAUGGCCAUUUUCAAGGGAAAAAUGGUUAUCUUCGAAGGGGGCACCUCUAGAAAAGGCUCCUCUGAACCUCCACCUCCAAUAAGAUUGUUUCAAGUUCGAGGUUUUGACUCAUUUAAUACAAAAACCAUCGAGGUUCCAGCUCUGGCCUCCUCUCUGAACUCCAACGACGUGUUUCUGCUCAACAGCCAGUCAGGGAUUUAUCUGUGGUGUGGAAAGGGAUCGAGUGGGGAUGAGCGAGCCAUGGCCAAAGAGGUGAGCGCUGUGAUUGGUCAGGGCUUGCAGAGAGCUUUUGAGGAGAUCGUGGCAGAGGGUCAGGAGCCUGUUGAAUUCUGGGAAUUACUUGGAGGGAAAACACCUUAYGCAAAUGAUAAGAGGUUGCAGCAGGUGGUUGUAGAYCACCAGCCACGCCUGUUCGAAUGCUCCAACAAGACGGGUCGUUUCAUAGUGAGUGAGAUAACUCAGUUCACUCAGGAUGACCUCAGCGAGGAUGAUGUCAUGCUGCUGGAUACAUGGGACCAGUUGUUUCUGUGGAUUGGUAAGGAGGCCAAUGAGGUGGAGCGUAAAGAGGCAGUGACCACAAGCCAAGAGUACCUGCGCACCCACCCAGGAAACAGAGACCCAGACACGCCCAUCAUCCUGAUCAAGCAGGGCUUYGAGCCGCCCACGUUCACAGGCUGGUUUACUGCCUGGGAUCCUUCCAAAUGGAGUGAAGGAAAAAGCUAUGAAGAGCUGAAGAAGGAGCUGGCAGAAGAAGCAGCACCUAUUAUUGUUAAAGCUGAGGAGAGCUCUGCUGAAAAGGAAAAAAGCUUUCAACUAUUUCCACCAGACUUAUUGAUUGGAAAGCAAGCCAACGAGCUUCCUGAAGGUGUGGACCCCGGCGUGAAGGAGAAACACCUCAGUGACUCGGAUUUUCUCUCCAUAUUCGGGGUCUCCAAAGACGACUUUGUGGGCCUGCCYCAGUGGAAACAACUGAAGCUAAAGAAGGAAAAAGGCCUGUUUUAACCCUUGCUCUGUCAGAACUCAGCUGUUUUUGUUGAGGAGUCACAUUGUUGCUUUUUGAUUUUACUUUUUUCGCAACUCGCCCUAAAAAUUUUCAGUUUAUUUCCUAAUAAUGAGUGAUCUUGAAUGUCAGGCCCACUAUUUUCUGAAUGCUGUUGGGAUGUAUAAAAUCAUCUCAGGUGAUAUUAAAUAUUUUAUUUUACUGAAGACUUACAGGCUGUUAGGAACCAGUGUUCAACUAAAGCAGCCUGUUUCAACUCAAAUCUAUUCAAGGGGAUUUUUCUUUAAAUAAUAGUAUAUUUUGCCAUCUGGUGGACAAACUCUGCUACAUGUUGAGCUUUUUCUGAACUGCUUCGUUUGAAAUCAUCAGUCUAUGAAGUAGUUUCUAUGUGAUUAAAAUUCACCGCAGCAAACUUGUUUUUGUCCAAUAAAGCUGCU